GAAGUCGUUAUAAUUAUAACCUGCUCAUCUGUUUUAGGUUUUGGUGUUUUUAUUAUAUGUUUAAUGAAAAUUGUUGAUAAUGGAUCUGCUUUCAAUUUCAAAAAAAGCUGAAAAGAAAUUGAAAAAACUGCAACAUGUUAUAUUCAAAGAAACUGGCACUUCUUGUGUCUCAACUCCAACAAAGAAUUUGGUAAUUUGCAAUGUCGGUCUGGUGAAUGGAUUAUCCGAAGAAAUCAUUUAUGAACACUUCUCAAAGUAUGGUGCUCUAGAAAACAUAAUGCUAAUACCUGGCAAAUCUUGCAGCUUUGUAACUUAUAGGGAUCUAGAUUCUGCACAAAAAGCAUUCAAAUACUAUAAUGGAAAAUUAAAUAUUGCCCAAGAUGAUAAACCCAUUUAUUUACUAUAUACAGAUCAGUUACCGAUUAUCGAACCAGAUAAAAUUUGGAACAAAAUGCCUCCGGGUCUGGUGAUAUUAAAGGAUUACAUUUCACCAGAGGAAGAAAAGUACUUACUGAAGUUGUUCAAUUUCGAUUCAACUACCAACCAAAUGAAACAUCGUCAAGUAAGACACUUUGGAUACGAAUUCAGAUACGACAUAAAUAACGUUGACAAAGAUAAACCCCUGGAAGAGAAAAUUCCAAACGAGUGUGACUACCUCUGGACCCGAUUGCAAAACACAGAUUUCAAACAUUUCCGUCCUGACCAGCUAACAGUCAAUCAUUACAGCCCUGGUCAGGGCAUUCCUCAUCAUGUAGACACCCAUAGCGCCUUCGAGGAUCCUAUAGUUUCACUGUCUCUGCAGUCGCCAGUAGUAAUGGACUUCAAAAGGGGGGCCAAGCACUUCUGCGUAACUCUACCUCAAAGAUCUUUGGCUAUAAUGUCAGGUGAGAGUCGUUACGAUUGGUCUCAUGGCAUCACGCCUAGAAAAUUUGAUAUUAUUCAUUCCCUCGGCAGCUUCAACUCUCUAGAGAGAGGAACAAGAGUCUCGCUGACUUUCCGUAAGGUUUUACAAGGAGAAUGCAAUUGCUCUUAUAGGUCCAACUGCGACUCGUCCAGAGAGCAAUCAUUAGAGCUUGAAAUGGGAGACAUAGUAGCGUCAGACUUGGAGAAGGAACAUGUUCAUAAAGUGUACGAGAACAUAGCAUUACAUUUCAGCGAUACGAGGCACAAGCCUUGGCCCAAUGUACUAGACUUUGUUAUGUCCUUCAAUCGCGGAUCCAUGCUUGUCGAUGUCGGCUGCGGAAACGGAAAAUAUCUUGGAUUGAAUAGAGAUAUUUUUGAUAUUGGUUGCGACAGAAGCUUUGGACUAAUUGACGUAUGCAGUCGGAAAGGAUUUGAAACUUUCAUGUCCAACUGUCUGGCAUUACCUUUGAAAGACAAUUCCGUAGAUGGCUGUCUCAGCAUAGCUGUUAUUCACCAUCUAGCAACUGAAGAAAGACGCUUGAGAGCCGUUCAGGAGAUGGUUCGCAUCCUGAAAGUCGGAGGAAGAGCCUUGAUUUAUGUCUGGGCUAAAGAUCAACACAAAGGAAAACAAAAGAGCGCUUACAUCAUGCAGGAUAGAAAAAAUCGAGUGGCAGAGCAGGAAAUUUUGUUCAACGAAGUCAACGAGGAAGUGCCUAUAUCGGACCGAGUAACUUUGCCAAUUCACGUUAACAGGACACAGUUCAAACAUAAGGACGUUCUGGUGCCUUGGAAGCUCAAGUCCGAUAACAAGUUGCAAGACACUUUCCUGAGGUUUUACCAUGUCUUUGAUGAGAAAGAGUUGGAAAAUUUGUGCAGGAAAAUAAAUAGCGUAGAGAUUAUCAAAAGUUAUUAUGACCAGGGAAACUGGUGUAUUAUAAUUGAAAAAAAGUGAUAGUUUUUUUAUUUUCGCCCUAAAGGUUGAGGUUAUGAACUAUUAACCCUUUUAUCAGGUUUGAGGUUACACAUCACUCCCAAAGUGAAGAUGUGUAAUGGUUUUGUUGUUGUUUUGUUAUCAAUAAUUGUAUUAGUCAUGUUUUGAAAAUAAUAUUGUGUCACAGAAUAA